GGCGCUGAACGAUGCCCAAAAAACGUCUCUCACCUUCAUAAACAAACAAACCUCAAGAAGCUCUUUCUCACUAUAUUAUACAAAACGCAUUUCCUGUACAUGCACUUGAUUCUCUAGCUUUACUUUGCGUUGCUGGUGCCUCUCGUCUCUCUGCAGUGAAGAGUCAAAAUGGAAAACAAUUGUGGUGAGGUGAGUGUGAGAAACUCAGGGUUUCCUCGUGUAGCCCUCAAUGAACGGAUUGUUUCUUCGAUGUCACGCAGAUCUGUGGCUGCUCAUCCCUGGCAUGACUUGGAGAUUGGACCAGGUGCUCCAGCAGUUUUCAACUGUGUGGUUGAAAUCGGAAAAGGCAGCAAAGUUAAAUAUGAACUUGACAAAACAAGCGGCCUUAUAAAAGUUGAUCGUGUUCUAUACUCUUCGGUUGUUUACCCCCACAACUAUGGGUUCAUUCCCCGCACAAUUUGUGAAGACAGUGAUCCUAUGGAUGUCCUCAUACUGAUGCAGGAGCCUAUUCUACCUGGUUCGUUCCUCCGCGCUCGUGCUAUUGGUUUGAUGCCCAUGAUUGAUCAGGGUGAAAAGGAUGACAAAAUCAUUGCAGUAUGUGCUGAUGAUCCAGAGUUCCGCCAUUACAAGGACAUCAAGGAGCUUCCUCCACAUCGCCUGGCUGAAAUCCGCCGCUUCUUUGAGGACUACAAGAAGAAUGAGAACAAGAAGGUUGACGUGGAAGACUUCUUGCCAGCCGAAGCUGCAGUUGACGCCAUCAAAUAUUCCAUGGAUCUGUAUGCAUCGUAUAUUGUCGAAUGCUUGAGGCAGUGACAAGUUUGAUGACUAACUAAAGAAUGGCUGUGAUCACUUACUUAUUAUAUCUAUUUUCCAUUCCUGUUUCCUUUCUGUCUGCAAAUCUGCUAAUACUCUUUUUAAGUAUUCAGGCAUUACAGUGCUUAUGCUACACUUUGACAUGCUAUCCAAGUCCUUAUCUUGGCAGUUUCUGAAAUCAAAAUUUAUUGUAAGCUGGGUUCUGAUUCUUCUGAACCUGAAAUGAUGGCUAUAGUUUCUUGUAUCUU